AUGAUGCAAGCACAAUCAGAUGCUGUCGGUAGAAUCGCUACUGAAGGUGAUAACAACGAAUAUAUUCGUUUUGGACACCAGAAAUAUCUCAAGAGUGACUUGUACGAAGCAUUUGGUGGUACUUUACAGCCUGGUUUAGCACCGGCAUCAGAACACAGAUUUGCGAACCCUGCCCCUCUUGGUCUAUCCGCCUUUGCAGCGACAACUUUUAUGCUCUCGCUAAUAAAUGCAAAGGCUCAAAAUGUAACAAUCCCAAAUGCAAUUGUUGGUCCAGCCAUUUUUUACGGUGGCAUUGUUCAGAUAAUCGCUGGAAUUUGGGAAAUUGCACUUGAAAAUGCUUUUGGUGGCACUGCCCUUUGCUCUUAUGGAGGGUUCUGGAUGAGUUACGCCGCGAUUUACAUUCCUUGGUUCGGAAUAACUAAGGCUUACGAAGGAGAGGAAUCGGAACUGAGUAAUGCUGUGGGGUUUUUCCUGCUAGCAAUGACGAUAUUUACUCUUGGGAUUACGAUCUGCACAAUGAAAUCCACUUUAAUGUUCUUUUUGCUCUUUUUCCUUCUAGACAUUACGUUUCUACUACUAGCCAUUUCGGAAUUUACAGGUAAAUUCGGAGUCAAAAGAGCUGGGGGGAUUCUGGGAGUUAUAGUUGCACUUUUAGCCUGGUACAAUGCAUUUGCCGGUUUGGCUACAAGGCAGAAUUCUUACUUGACGGGUCAUCCGGUACCUUUACCUACAAACGAGUAUACUCUAACCAACAUUACAGGUAGGAACCGUCGUCGUGUUAACUAA